UAAAACAGGGGAGGAAAACUCUUUCUUUCUGAAGUUGACAUCUUAAAAGAUGGCACCGAAAUACGAGUUAUGUGUUGGACUCAACCGAGGACAUAAUACCACAAAAAUAAAGCAAAAGCAGUACCGAGGAGAACGCAAGGAAAAGGGAAUCCGUCAAGCACGCAAGAAGAAUAUUCAAACUAAGCAUACAAAGUUUGUCAGAGAUCUUGUACGCGAAGUCGUUGGUCAUGCUCCAUAUGAAAGAAGAGCUAUGGAAUUGCUUAAGGUAUCUAAAGAUAAGCGUGCACUCAAAUUCUUGAAGAGACGUUUGGGAACACACAUUCGUGCUAAGCGAAAGCGUGAGGAACUCGGAACAAUCUUGGCUCAUAUGCGUAAAGCAGCUCACAAGUAAAUCCACGAAUGAGCACCAAAUACGCAGAACAUUAUUUUUUGUGCUUCUUUGAAUUAAAAUCUUUCAAAAAUAAAAGCAAAUCCAUUAAAUAACUAAGGAAU